AUGGCCACAAGGUUCUUGUUUUCAAGAACGAUAUCCCAAAACCUCUACCAAACUCUCCAUCAUAGUCGUUGCAAUGACACUCCCAGUAUCUCAAAGUUCCUCAGAACCCUUCACUCUCUCGUUUCCACAGAAUUCCAAUUCCAUCCCUCAAAUUACAGGGCCAUGUCGUCUUCCCCCAACUACAAACCCCAAGACGCCGAAACAUCUGUUGCCGCUGCGUUAAAUCUUGAUAAUCAGGUUCCCGCCACGGUGAUCGACGGCUUUCUGGGGACCACUCUGUUGAGUCAUAUCUUGACAUCUCAACAUGGGAAACGGAUCGCUGUCAUUGAAAAUGAGUUUGGUGAGAUGGAUAUUGAUGGUUCAUUGGUUGCUAGUCACUCCUCUUCUAAUGAUAAUAUAGCCAUGGUUAAUAAUAGUUGUCUGUGCUGCACCGUGCGCGGAGAUCUGGUCAAAUUGCUUUUGGAAUUGGUUAAGAAGAAGCGUGAUGAAUUUGAUCAUAUUGUUGUAGAAACAACAGGGCUUGCAAAGCCAGGUCCGGUGAUUGAAACAUUUUGUACUGAUGAGCUGGUUUCACGAUAUGUGAAACUUGAUGGAGUUGUUACUUUGGUUGAUUCUAAGCAUGCCAUACAACAUUUGAAUGAAGUGAAACCUAGAUUUGUUGUUAAUGAGAUAGAUUUGGUGACUGAGGCUGACUUGGAGGUGUUGACAAAGCGAAUUCAGCUUGAUGAUUGGCUUGACUGCUUGAAGAAAAGGGGGAAGACCUGUACAGGAUGAAAGGAGUUUUGUCUGUGAAGGAUUCACACGAGCGUUAUGUUUUUCAGGGGGUGCAUUCCACUUUGGAUGGAUGCCCAGGGAAGACAUGGGGACCCGAUGAGAAGAAGAUAAACAAGCUCGUCUUUAUAGGAAGGAACUUGGAUGAAACUUCCCUAAGAAAAGGUUUCAAAGGUUGCCUAGUGUGAGCAGAAUAGAUUAAUAGCUCAAAUGAAGCGCGCGCCUGAUCGUGGCUUUCAGUCAUCAACCAUUGCAUAUAUAUAUCCAUGGGUUUGGUUCGGCAAUGAAUUGGAUCCACAUACUGUAAAAGUUCAGUUUCUGCAAAGACGGACAUAAACCCACCCUUGACUAAAUUCUUCAAUGUAUCAUUUUUAUGGUGCAUAAAUUUAUAUUGUUCUCGUCUUUUCUGUCUCUUGUUGUUUCAGUUAUUCUGUUUAGAUUUUAUUUACAAUAAUUAUCAAUAAUUUACUGAAAGAAGGAUUUAUGUUUAAUUUCAUGAUA